AUGUCUGUUAUAAGAGUUGAGCUAAUUAGUGUGGCAAUAACUAGAGCGAUUGCAUUAAUAGAUUUUAAUACUCACAAUGACAUUGACAAAAAACAUGAAUUUAUACAACAAACGGUUCUUGCUGAUAAAUCUUUUACAAAUGAUGAAAAGACUUAUGCAAUAAGAAGAAUAAAUAAAGUUAUUGAUGAAAAUAAAGUUAAAUAUAAUAAGGGGACGAGAAGAAUUUGUGAAAAUUGUAACCAAAAAUGUUUAGCUAUAUCAUAUUGUGAAUAUUGUGUUCGAAAUUAUUUAAAAUUAAAUUUUUUAAAUUGGACAUCUGGAAAUAAUGAUAUCGAUAAUUUAAUACAAAAAUGUCAAAUGGAAGCAAUUGAUCCACGAAGAAUAGUUGAGUGGAUUCCAUAUGAUAAUUUACAAAGUAUUAAAUAUCUAACAAAAGGUGGAUUCUCGGAAAUCUAUACAGCUUUUUGGAUUAAUGGAGCGUAUUAUGAAUGGGAUACUAUGAAGCAUCAAUUAACAAGAUUUGGAAAUCAAGGAGUAAUACUUAAAAGAUUAGAAAGUGUUGGAAGUGCAGAUCAAAGUUGGUUUGAAGAGGCAAAAUCACAUUUUACUAUUAGUA